GGCUGGCGCUGCGCAUAGCAGUCGUGCCAUCGGGAAAAGGCAAUAUCAUCUGUGAACAGCAAAGACAGACUGUAGCCUUCGGGCAAAAAUAGCUCAACUGACCAGCUGACAGAGCUUGAUAUAUACUAAAAGUGGAAUAAGGAAACGGAAUCACAGAAAAUUGGGAUCAGCUGAUUUCCUCUGCUUGGAUGUGACUGCUGAGCAAUCUUUGUUCAUGCGUAACGCUCAACAUUCCCUCAUGUGAGGGUGUAGAAUGGAAACAUCCCUCUACCCAGGCACCGCUGUGAAUACUCCGAGGGUCUCAAGCAUCUAUUCCCAGAGCAGCAUGAUGAAGAAGGAAAUUAACCUGAACCUGGACGAGAACUCCGAGCUCAAGUCAAACCCGCUACGGGACACAGACGGCCUUCUCAACUCUCCGGACUUGGGACUCUUGAAAUUGGCCACUCCGGACCUAGAACGCCUUAUCAUUCAGUCCAACGGUCUUAUCACAACGACCAACCCGCCGUCCCAGUUCCUUUACCCGAAGUCUGCCAGCGACGAGCAGGAGUUCGCGGAGGGUUUCGUCAAGGCGCUGGAGGAUCUGCACAAGCAGAACCAGCUGAGCGAGGCGGCGUGUGUGUCGGUGGACAGACUGGAACUCCUCGGAUCCAACGCGGUCGGGCUUCAGACAUCAGACCUCCCCGUUUACACGACUUUGAACGGCUAUGCGGCCAGCCCACUGGGAGCCACCACCAUCAACUACUCCACGGAUACCAUCCCGUUCCCACCGCCUCCGUCUCAUCUGCCCAGCGCGCAGCAACAGGCUGCUGCGGCGGCUCUGUCACGACUCCAGACUACCGGUGCGCUGAAGGACGAGCCGCAGACAGUGCCAGACAUGCAGAGCUUCGGAGAGAGUCCCCCUCUGUCUCCAAUUGACAUGGACAAUCAGGAGCGCAUCAAGGCAGAGAGGAAAAAGCUGCGCAACAGAAUAGCUGCCUCGAAAUGCCGCAAGAGAAAACUGGAGAGGAUUUCUCGCCUGGAGGACAAGGUCAAGACCCUGAAAACGCAGAAUACCGAGCUGGCAUCCACAGCCAGCGUGCUCAGGGAGCAAGUGGCCCAGCUGAAGCAGAAGGUGAUGAACCAUGUCAGCAAUGGAUGCCAACUUCUACCAAACCAGGUCCAGGCUUAUUAGAGAGGAAACGGGGAAAUUCCAUCAUUGGUACUUUACGUGGAUGUCCUUUGCAGCUGUAAGCUAUAUUCCCUGCGGAUAUAGGCUUAUAAUUUGAAGCAGAUUUGCCUUUUCAAAU